GCUGUUGUUUCACAACAGGGGCGAGGACGAGGAGGGGUGUUGGUUUCGGGAGCUUUAUUUUAUUUUUUUAAAAGAGCUCCAUACGUUUGCUGCUUCACCGUUUGGGCUUGCAGUUGGUUCAGGCUCAAAAGUAAGCAGCACCCAAAGAAGUCAACAUGCCCACUACAGGCAGGCACUACUCAUUUGGGCGGCAGACCAGCAGUCGCAGUGAGGGAGACAAUCAGCUCUACCCCAAUCUUACCGGAAUGGAUAUUGAAAUGAGUAACCUAGAAGAAGACAGGGCGUUGUUGCAGAAAUGGAAACCCAUUUUCGACCAAUUUGACCAAGACCAUGACGGUGCUAUACCACUAGGGGAGCUGGCUUCCCUACUGAGACGUGCGGAUUCUACCAUUCCCGCUUCGGUGAUCAACGAGAUUGUCUGGAUGGCCGACAGAGAUCGCAACGGCGUGCUGGAUUUUCGCGAGUUCAUGACUCUAGUCCGCACUCACGAUUUGGGUGUACUCUACCCGAAGCUAAAUAUGAUGAUGAGGACGGCUGCCUACGUCGUCGUGCCGAGAGGCGAACGAACCAAUGUCGUAAAAUCUGGUUUGGAAGAAUACAAAUGCUGCCCACCUCCAGUGCUCAUGCCACUGCUUAGCCUUAUCGAAUUAGGUGUGUUCAUCUAUUACGCCAUCGAAAUGGGCGAAGUCGGACCGAACGGACCAGUUCCGUUCAAAUCUCCUCUGAUCUACGAUCCAUACAAGAGAUACGAAGCCUGGCGCUUCCUCUCUUACAUGCUGAUUCACGCCGGAUUUAUCCAUAUCGGUACCAAUAUUCUGGUGCAAGUCGUGCUGGGUAUUCCACUGGAAAUGGUUCAUUCUUGGUGGCGAGUUCUCAUCAUCUACGUAGCGGGAGUGAUUGCCGGCUCCCUGGGCACUUCCGUUCUCGAUCCAACCGUUUAUCUGGCAGGUGCAUCGGGUGGAGUCUACGCCUUAUUGUUGGCCCACCUGGCCAGUUUGAUUCUGAAUUGGAAAGAAAUGGAAUUCGCCAUUUGGCGUUUAUUGUUCAUCGUCAUCUUGGUGGUCGUCGACGUUGGCACUGCCAUUUACUACCGCUACGUCGAGAAUGUCGACACGAAGGUGGGUUACGCCGCCCAUUUAGCCGGUGCCAUUGCGGGUCUCCUGGUCGGCGUCAACGUCCUGCGAAAUUUGCAAGUCGAAAGGUGGGAGAAGGUCGUCUGGUGGAUCUGCUUCACCGUAUAUGUCGCUCUCAUGGCCGCAGCCAUCGCCAUCAACUUCCUCUGGGACGUCCACUUCCCACCGCCGCGUUAGACGAAAUUUACAAUUCAUCAAUUUCUUCUCCCAAACCGACGAAAAACCAAUCAACCAUCGAGCUGCUACAAAUUCUUUUUUGUUUUUUUUUUCUUUUCACGAAAAUGGCACAAUAAACCCAAUCCGUCUUGGGACUACGCCACUGCCCGCCAACCCGGAAUUACCAACGCGCACACACACAACCGACAAGACAAUGUUGUACGGUACACGCACCAAAAAAAAAGUUAUUGCCCUUAAACCAACAUGUGCCUGUUCUCUAUUUACUGUUGUAUUUCUUUCCCAACCCGCCUUGCCUCUCAGUUCAACACCAUGACAUUUGAGUGAUUGAGAUUGUGCAUUUAUACCCAUUACCUCUUUUGAAAAAAGACCCGCAAACGCAUCAAAUUCUGCUGGAAAACACACAAGUGCAAAAUUACCUUUGUUCUCUCUAUAAUAUGCUCUCGUUAUUUUUAGAUGUGUUAGUUCAUAUUUUUUGGGGGACACUCGAUUCAUUCAAAUUCUUUUCUGUAUUUUGACAUGAUCAAAAGCAUUUAUUAAAAUCAUUCAACGAGAUUAAAAAUCAAUAAAAAAAAAGGAACUUUUUGAAACAUUUUA